AUGGUUGUGAUCUUCGGAACUCUUGGGAUUGCACUGUUGUGCAGUGUUAGUGGGAUAACACUUGCCGCUAAGAAUCCUCUGCAUGCACGAGACGAUGCUUGUAGAGCUCUAGCGGCUGCCUUGGCAGGAGAUGUUGCCUACCCGAACACCACAUCUUACCUUCAAUCAGCGGAUUACUGGUCUCUACAACAGCUCGAGACUCAGCCACGAUGUUUUGUGGCCCCCAAGAGCACCAAAGAGGUUUCGACCAUUCUCAGAGUCUUGACAGAAGGAGAUUGGCCAUUUACAGUGAAAGGAGGCGGCCAUAUGCCUUUCUCCGGUGGUUCCAGCAUUGAAAACGGCGUGACGAUUGAUCUGGUGCAUCUCAACGAUAUCAAGGUUUCCUCUGAUCGACGGUCGGUAUCCGUCGGUCCAGGCAACCGCUGGAUCAAUGUUACCGAAAUUCUCGAUCCCAUGGGCCUUGGUGUUGUGGGAGGGCGCGACAUGAACGUUGGAGUAAGCGGGCUGACCCUCGGUGGCGGCAUCUCGUUUUUUUCAGGAAUGUACGGAUGGGCUUGCGACAACGUACGUCGGUACGAAGUCGUGCUCGCCUCUGGCCGGAUUGUCAAUGCAACUCCAACUGAGAACAAGGACCUGUACUGGGCCUUGCGGGGUGGGGGUGGUUCUAACUUUGGCAUCGUGACUCGUUUCGACCUUGUCAUUUUCGACCAAGGAGAAGUCUGGGAAAAUGGCCUCAGCUUUCCGGGCAGCUCAAACGCGACAGUCAUCUCCCACUUCCAGAACCUUACAAUUCACGGGAUGCCCUCGGACAAAGGCGCAACUGGCUUUGUUGGCAUCAACUACCACUCCUCUACCGGCGGAUACUCGGCUGAUGUAGGCCUUGUGCAUGCUACGGUACCUUCAUCUCCAGGGAGUAUACCCGCAGUCUUCGAGCCAUUCCAAAAGGUACCCUCAGCAACUGCCAACUCAACCAUCACAGGCACGGUCUCGAAUUUCAUCACAAGCAUCGCGACGCCAUACGGCCGCCGGUGGACGUGGGGCAAUGUCGUCGUUUCUGCUUCCUUCCCAGGAAAAUUCAUUACCGAGAUCAUGUCUCUCUUCGAAAGUCACAAUGUUGCCUUGCUUCAGAAUGAGGGGGGAGACGACAUCUCUCUAACUGCACUUUUCCAGCCCAUUCCCGUGAACCUUAUCGAGGCAAUGCAAAAGAAUGGCGGGAACGCAAUGGGUCUAAAGCCUUCAAACGGAGCCUUGAUAAUGAUCUCCUUCCCAACGUCCUGGACAGAGGCAAAGAAUGAUGAGCUUGCGUACAGCGCCACGCGUAAAUUGAUUGCCGAUAUCGAAGCAAAGGCCAUUGAGUACAAGGUACACACGCCAUUUGUGUAUAUGAACUAUGCGGAUAUCAAACAGGAGGUACAAAAGGGUUAUGGAAAGGAGAACUACGCGAGACUAGUGAGUAUCGCGCGGAAAUACGAUCCACAGGCCAAGCUAUCACAUCUAUGGAAGGGGUACUUCAAGCUUCAAUACUUAUAG